UCCCGUGGUGCGUCGUGACGUCGUGACGUCGCGGCGUCGUGUCAGCUGAUCCCCGCUCUGAAGGAGAAAGAUGUCGCUGUCAGGCUGCGGAAGGAUGGAGGCUGUUUUCUCCGCCGUGUUUCUCCUCUGCUUCGCCCUCAACACCGGUGUCCAUGGAGACCGUCUAACAGUGCUGCAGUCUCCAGAGUUUGUGGGCUUCCAGAAAGGAGACUGGCCUGUUUCUGGAGAGAAGAUCCCAGACCUGGUGGCUCUAACCAUGGGCUUCUCUGUUCAGGAGGAUUUGGCCUGGCCCGGCCUUAAGGCUGGUCCUUUGUUCCAGCGUCCCCGAGCUAACGUGCUGGUGGUAGUGAGAGGGGUCGAUAGCCUGGCCCUGCCUCAGAGUGUGGCCUCAUACCCCUUGGAGAAUCCCGUCCCCUUCACCAUGGAUAGCGUUGCAGAGACGGUCCACUCUCUGUUUGCUGAGGACACCCCUGUAGUGCUGCAGCUGGCCCCCAGCGAGGAGAGGUUGUACAUGCUGGGCAAGGCCAACGCUGUGUUCGAGGACCUGCCGGUCACUCUUCAGCAGAUCCGUGCCCGUCUGUCCCAGGACGGCUCCGUGCUGGCGUCACUGCCGCUCAACUCCCUCAGCAGGAGCGCUGAGGCUGAUUUGCUCUUCCUGUCAGAAGUCCAAGUGCUGCAUGAUAUCACAGCUCUGCUGCAGAGACACAGGCAUCUGGCGAAGGACCACUCUCCUGACCUGUACUCGUUGGAGCUGUCCGGCCUGGAGGAGCUCAGCAGGCUCUACGGCCAAGACUCUCCUCAGUACCGCGACGCCACCGCCAUUCUUGCCUCUGUCCUGCAGAAAUUCGGACAGGAUGUUUAUGGUCUCUACGGCAACAGUUCUGUGGUGGAGGUUGUUACAGUUAAGACCUUCGAGGCUCCGUUGACCAGAAAGUCCCGCUCCAUCCUGGAAUCCAAACAGAUUAGUAACCCCGGCAGCCCGUACAACCUGGCAUACAAGUACAACUUCCACUACGCCGUGGUCUUCAACAUCGUGCUGUGGCUGAUGAUCGCUCUGGCCCUCGCCGUCAUCGCCAUCGCUUACAACCUGUGGAACAUGGACCCGGGGUACGACAGCAUCAUCUACAGGAUGACCAAUCAGAAGAUCAGGAUGGACUAACGGAAGUCGUCAGCGCUCCCGCUCUCCUCAUCUUCGAUCCCACUUCCACUGAAUGUUUGUGUUUUUUGUGUGAGGUGUUGUUUAGUGAAAAAGAAACAAAAGAAGCUUGACGGGAGGAAGGUGUGACGUUGGAUCACCUCUUCGUUUACAACACCGGCAUGAAGUUUCACACAUCCUCCCUUCAACCUCACAUCAUUCCUUAGGACUCUAACUCCUCACUAACUGAGUUUCAUUUGUUUUCCCCCCGUGAUUGCAAUUGUUGUUGUUGUUGUUUUUUUAUUUAUCGUAACGUUAUGAAAGAAUGAGAUUUGUCUGGUUUCUGUGUGAAGUCGUGCUCUCUUUCCUGUGUGAAGCUGUUUUAAGUUAAAUAAAUGAACCGUAUGUGUAUAUAUUGAAUAUACAAAUGAAACUGUAUGACAAACUAUUGUGAAAAAGGCUUGUGCAGUGUUUAUUCAGCCUGCUUCAGUUCCAAAUGAUAAAUGUGUGUUGGAUUUACGUAAAUACUUGAUAAUAACGUUGGCUGUUAGGAUUAAAUGAAGCUCUGUAAAUCGCCUGAUAAUAAAUUAUUACAUGGAUAA